UUGCUUUUAACCCUUAUUUAUAGUAACGUUGUUUAUGACUGAUUGUCAAUAGGAUUACUGUAAAGACAACAUCACAUUAACGACAAUAACAACAAUAUUGGAUCAGUUGAGUGAUCAAUGAUUAAGUGAUUAAACAAUGGGAAAGGGAUACAACAAUUUCAUGUGUAAGAAGCCCUUCCAUCCGGCUUCGAGAGACAACAUCAAAAGGGUAUGGAUGGCUGAACAAAGAGAUGCGGACAACAAGAAAAAAGAAGACGAAAUGAGAGCUCAAUACGAGAAGGAACAGGACUUAUAUAACAAUAGACUUUUAGUGAGCACUGAGAGUAAAGACAAGUUGUCAUUGAAUUUCAUGUAUGAGGCGCCCAAAGGCGCACAAAAGGAAAGACAACGAGAAGAUGACGAACCAGAGUUCAAGUUUGAGUGGCAGAGAAACGCUCCCCGAGAAAGUUUUGCCAAAAACAAUAUGGAUAUUCGUGACCAACCAUUUGGUAUUCAAGUGAGAAAUGUUCGGUGCAUUAAAUGUCACAAAUGGGGUCAUCUAAACACUGAUCGAGAGUGUCCUCUCUAUAAUCAAGGAAGCUCUCUAAUGGACGGUUCCAAUAAGGUGGCUCCGGAUGAGUUGAUGCGCGCCAUGCAAGAGGAUGGACUGGCACUUAAAAAGAAUAUCGUUGGACAACAUUUUGAUCCCAAUAAUGCCAAUCAAGUAAUGAUGGUUUCACAAGAAGAAGAUCCGGAAACCACUUUUCUUAAGACACUUUCUUACAAACAAAAAAAGAAAUUAUUGAAAAAGUUAAACAAAUUAAGCGUUGCCUCCAAUGAGGACUCAAAAUGCAAACAUAAAAAACACAAAAGUCAUACUAAGAAAAGUUCACAAAAACAUAAUKACGAGAAAUACAACAGACAUUCAUCGAAAAAGAGAUCCCAUAAAAGUGAUGAAUCUUCUGAUGACUCGUCUUCCAGACAUAAGAAACACAAAACUAACAGCAAAUCAAACACUUUAUCGACGCGUGAGGAGAGAGAAAGAUAUCACAGCAAAGAACGAUCUAAAGAUAAAGUGAGAGAUAAAAGUAGAGAUAGAAGUGAUAGAUAUGACAGACAUGAGUCGUCAUCUCAUAAAAAGUACAAAAAAUAAUUUUUGGUUAUUAUUGUAAAUUGAAUUUUAUUAAAUUUAUCGUAUAUUUCAUACUACCG